UAACAACAGUUGCUAUGUUUACGUUGUCAUCGGAAACCUUUCGUGAAGAAAACCUUAGACUUCGGUGAAAAUUGUGAAUAAAAUCCACUGUUCUGUCAGUCACCAUGUCUGGUGCCGCAACCCCUGACCAGUCUGCCUCAUCGGCAGUGUCUGUAGCUUCAGCUGAUAAGAAGUCAAGGACAGAGAGCACAUCUCGCCAGUCUGGCAGAGUAACCUUUCCUCAUUCAAUCAAGUCUGCCUCGGAGCAAUCCGCCAUUUCAGAAAAUGGAGAACUCCCACCAGAUCACAAUCCAUUUACCAUGCCUCCUGACAACGACAUCUUCAUGCUACGGGACAAAGAGAGGCAGCGAAAGAAAGCUGAGCGGAUCAAACAGCGUAGCCUCAAGGUGCAUGAGAAGACAACAUACACCUCCCGCGUCAACGCCCUAAGGUCAUCUAUGCGCAAGCCCCUGGCCGACCUGGAUGCAGAGGAGGAGAAGACAGAGGAGGUGGACGAUAAGGCACUGGCCGUCAAGGAUGACCCUAGCUUCACCCUGGCUGUCACAAGGGACCGCCACAUUGAGAAGGAGAGUCUGACGGACUACAUCGCCAAGAAGCGGGAGAUGUUCCUGGUGCAGUACUCGCUGGGGGUCAAGCGGGAUGAGAUGCGCAAGCUAGAGGAGAUUGCUCAGGCCGAGGAGAGGAAGCUGGAGCUGGCCGAGCAGUAUCUGGAGGAGGACGCAGCCAUGUUUGACGAGUUCCUCAAGGAGAACGACAAGAACUCAGUGGAGGCUAUCAAAGUCGCUGAAGCCGAGACCAAAGCCAAACUGGAGAAAGUGGCCGAGAUAAAGAAGAUAAAUGCUCAGAUCAUGCUCAUAAGGAGUGAGAUCUCCAAGAAUGAGGACCUUCUGAAGGAGUACCAGCUGUACAAGAAGUUCCUGGACUCCCUGACUCCUGCGGAGUGGAGGGAGGAGCACCGUGCACAGCGACUAGAACGGCGGCGGGAGAAACACAAGGAGCGGGGAGGUGACUCAUUGGCCAAGAUCACGUCAGCCACCCGCCGGAAAGCUGGGACACCAAGCACUGAAGCCAGAUCAGGUUCCCGUGGCAGUACCUCCAGGGCUUCUGCCAAGCAAGCCCCUAGCAAAUCGGGGUCAGCGACUAAGAGGUCGUUGGCCCAGACUCCCACCAAGCAAGACACUGACAGUUUGAAAUCGGGAGAUGGGGAUUCUGACUAUGAGAGCGACGAGGAGCCGGAGUUGUUCUUCACUGACCCCCAGCAGCUCCUGGAUAUCUUUGCCGAGCUGGAGGAGCAGAACCUCUCACUGAUCCAGAACAGCCAGGAGACGGAGGAGACACUAGAAGAGAUAAGGCAGAACAUCAUGGCCACCGAGGGAAAGAUGAAUAUUGAGACAGCAACCCUGACGCAGCAGAUUGACAUGCUGAAUAGCCAGAUUGAACGUGAAGAGGAGAAAGCCAGGGACUUGGAGCAUAAAUCCAAGUGCAGUUCAUUCGAAUGGAUGUUUUCCUUCGGUGAAUUCAAAGCAGAGGAUCAGGAAGCAAUGCUGGACACUCUGAACAGAAAGGUGGAAGAGGUUUACCGGAAUUGCAUUGGUGACAAUGAGGCAAACAUCAGUACGUUGCAGAUGCUGACCAACAUCGAGAACCGACUGGAGGAGUUGUUUGAGAGUGUUGAAACCAUGCCACCAGAGAAAGUGGAGGCAGCGGAAAAGGCCAAAGAGAAGGAGCGUCGUCUUCGACAACGGGAGGAGAAGAUUGAGGCCCAGCGGAUCCACCAGGAGGAGAGGGUGAGACGAGCCCUGGAGAGAGCCCAGGCAGACCCCAAGAAGAAGACUGGUCGGAAGUUGGUGUUCCGCUCGGAGCCGCCUCAGACAAAGCGCAAAGUGGACAUGUCUAAGCAGAAAGCAGACAAAGAGGAGGAGGAAAUGGCUUAUUUCUUCACAUAAGACAGUGGCACCCAACCAUUAAAAAAGAAACGCAUCCUCGUAGAGUCAUAACCCUGACGCUAUCGCCCGCUGUUCACGGCGGCUGAACCCACUGACGCACCUCAGGUUGGAGUUCGCUGUGACCGGCUCGGAGCAAUAGCCAUUGUCCUUUAACAUGGAAUUGAACUCAUAACUUUACAUGUACUUGCCACAUCGGGGCAGUGUUAAGACCUUGGCCCUCCCCUAUCCCCUCCACCUGCUAGCCCCGAUCUACACCUCCGUGUGGACCUCCGAGUCCGCACAAAAGAGGUCCACAUAUCUGUUAGCCCAGAAGACAUUGCGUGGACUCACACACGUCCACACAGUGAUUUCCCUUCUCUGAAAAAACACUCUUAAGAGGCAUUUUGGGAUCAGGGGUAUUGCGUUUGAAAUGGAGAGGAGCAGUCCAGGAAAUCACCGCCAAAAUUAAUGUCCACACUUUGUAUGGGAAACAAUACGUGUAUAAAUAGACUGUGUAACUGUUGUGGCUGUAUAAGCAUGUACCCCCAGUCAUUUCCACCAUGAAGCAUCUCAUCUAGACUUCAGUGAUUAUCAACCCAAUAAGCUUAUGCACAACGUUUGCACUCGACAAGCAAAUUUCCCUUUCCAGGGUGCAGUUAUAGAUGGAGAAGUUGUACUUGUGGCCAAUACCCGACUGUGGUUUUUUUUAUAUAGGCGUUUAAAAGCUCAUUUAUUUUCAUUUGCGCGAUCUCCCUCUGACGUCAUGUCCAUUGUAACAGCCGCUUUACUUGACAGAGAAGUGGUUGGAUUUGUAGCUGCAUCGAAGGAGCGGUGACUCUUCCAUUUUUCAUUAUCCAGUUUUUUCUUGCAAAAUAUGGUGAUCCGUCCAAAGCCUUCUAAAAUAAAUUAUUUUAAUUGGAAUACAUGUAGAGGUUAUUUUUGCGUGAGGGAUGGUUUAUAUCUUCCUGUAAACGUCUGUUUAACAAAAUUCCAUCCAACAUUAUAUUAACUGUGCUUCUGGAGAAAUUAAAAGUAAUUCAUGGAAUUUAAAAUAAA